AUGGCGGAGCUGCGACGCCGGCGGCCUCCUGCCGGGACCAGCGAGCCGCUGCCCAGCGACGCGUCGGACACCCUCUCCGACACGGACGUCGACUGCGGCGCCAGCUCCGCGUCCGAGACGGACAUGGCAGAGCGCGAUCCCUCCAGAGAGGCUGGAUCGUUUGGGCCAGCCGGCCACACGAGCGGCGAGAACAAGCUGACCAAGCUGGUGAAACGGCUCUUCUUCGGCACCUCGCUCCUCCUCUUCCUCAUCUUCGUCUUGUCGCUCGGCCACCUGACCACGCUCGCGAUGCUGCUCAUCGCGCAGGCGCCGCCGUUCGCUCACACAGCCGUGCUGAUGUUCCGUGAGCUGGUCAACGUGCGGUACAAGACGCGGCUGGUAAAGACCAUCCCGUGGUUCCGGACGACGCAGUGGGGCUGGUUCUGGUGCUGCAUGGUCUACUCGUACGGCAACUCCUUCUCGCAGGAGAAGCUGCUCUCCCUCAUCCGCAGGCGACCGCCCGCCACUCCCCCGACGCUGGUGGGGAUGCUGCCCUACGUGCAGCUCCUCUCCAUGGCGGCCUACUCCUUCAUGCUGAUGCUCUUUGUCCUCACCCUCAAGGCCGGCUACUACAAGUACCAGGUCGGCCAGCUCGCUUGGACGAUGGCUGUCAUCGUCGUCACCGUCGUGCAAGUCAACUCGUUUACGCAAAACAUCUUCAACGGCAGCAGACCCCGCGACCCGCACAUCCGCCCCGCCUCUUCUGGCCUCGCUUGGGGCAAGAAGCUCACGCAGAAGCCCUUCCUCGCCAUCUCGCCAAACAAGACCUGGGAGGGCUUCUUCGGCGGCGGCAUCUGCACCGUCAUCUUCGCCUUCUACUUCCCGCUGCUGCUCGUCUCCUACUUCCACCCCACCGUCUGCCCCUGCGAGGCGACACUCCAAAGCCACUCCAUAGCCACUCCACACACACGCGCGCCUAGUCCCUGCGCCUUCGCCUCGCUCGUCGCCCCGUUUGGCGGUUUCUUCGCCUCGGGCAUCAAGCGCGCCUACAAGAUCAAGGACUUUUCGGCGAUCAUCCCCGGCCACGGCGGCGUCUUCGACAGGCGCCGCCGCCCCAGCCGCCGCAGCCUGUCGGCGCUGCCAGCGGAGGAGCGGCUGCUGCUGUACCGAGAGCUGACGGCGUCGCUGCGGGACGCAAAGCUGCUGUAG